GGCCAACUUUACAAAUUUGUUCAGACGUGGCCGAUUCGUGGCGUAUUUUCACUUUGUGGUUAGCUAGAUGAGUGAGAAGUAGUCAGUUCUGGUUCAGACAACAUAGUGAAAUAGUUGUUUAAUUUAAGUUAUUAUUGCUCAGAAUGUUAAAACAAAUUGCUGUCGUUCUGGCACUAUGUGCUGUAGUCCUCUGUGAUAGUGAAGAAGACUCAGGAGCAAGAGUGUUAGUCUCCAAGCAGAUUUUGAACAGAUAUUUAGUCGAAAAUAAAGAUAUUGAAGUAAAAUAUACUUUAUAUAAUGUUGGAACAUCAGCAGCUGUUGAUGUAAAUCUGGUUGAUAACGGCUUCCAUCCUGAGAACUUUGAAGUAGUUGGGGGCCAACUGAGCUGCAAAUUCGACAGAAUUCCACCUCAGUCCAAUGUAACACACGUUGUAGUUGUCAGACCUUUGAGGUAUGGAUACUUCAACUUCACCAGUGCUGAAGCCACAUACAAAACAUCUGAUGAUGCCAGUGCCGAUAAACCAGUACAAGUAUCCCUGAGCAGUGAACCUGGUGAGGGUGGAAUCAUCGCCUUUCGCGACUACGACAAGAAAUUCUCCUCUCACUACUGGGACUGGCUGGCCUUUGCCCUCAUGACCCUUCCAUCUUUUGUCAUUCCAUUGGGUCUGUGGUACAGGAGCAAGAGCAAAUACGAAAAAUUGGUCGCCAAAACCAAGAGCAAAUAAAUUGAAGACUUUACAUUUUUUUGUUUUUAGAUUUAUUUAUUUUUACUAAGUUAAUUGUGAGUACAAUCAUCUGCAGAUUUGUAACAUCAUUGUAUAAACCAUUUUUUUAUGGUUCUCAGGCUCAUUGUUAUUUGUUUAACUUUUCUAUGAAAACAAAAUAAAAUCAUUUUUUAUAAGAAA